UUUCCUCUCCCUCCCUCUCUCUCUCUUUAAAUUCUGUAUCUGAACUCCAUUAAAUUUCCCCACAAAGCAAGGUCUAGUUUCUCUCCAUCAAAAAACACCAUUGAAAUUCAAUAAUAACCAGUUCAUUAACCAAGACAACUACCACUAUUCAUAUUCAUAUCAACAAGAAAGAUGGUGAUGAAACUACCAUCGCUGUUCAAGAAUAGAGAUUCGAGUACUACUACGACUGCAACAACUACAUCUGGUUCUACAUAUUCAACUACAUCUUCAUCCACUAAUACUGCUUAUUCAUGGCAAUGGCCUUCGUGCAAACACCCAAAAACAAAUUCGUUCAGAGGUGCUCAUAGUCACAAAGGCGCUGAUGACAUAUUUAAAACAGUAAACUCUGUUUAUUUUGAUGCAAGUUCGACAGGAGCUGGUGCUCAUGAUAAUAACACACUCGAGGCAUGGUUUACUAACUCGUCCGAGUCAGGAAGUUUUUCGACUAUAUCACAAGAUCAUCAUCAUCAUAAUGGAGAAGAAUCAUUUGAAAUGGUAAUUCGUGGAUUAAGAUCGGAGAGAUUAUUUUUUGAACCUAGUACUGAUACUAACUCAAUAUUAAAAGAAUCUGAGAAGAUUAGUGUUAGUAAUGAUGAAGAUUUAAGAUUUAAAGAGAGUGUGGUAAUGGCUAUGGAUUCUGAAGACCCGUAUGUUGAUUUUAGAACAUCAAUGGAAGAAAUGGUUGAAGCUCAUGGAUUAAAAGAUUGGGAUUGCUUAGAAGAGUUAUUAAGCUGGUAUUUAAAAGUCAAUGGGAAGAAGAAUCAUGGGUAUAUUGUUAGCGCUUUUGUUGAUUUACUUGUUAGCAUUGCUGCCAAAUCUUCUAACGAUCAGUCAAAGAACAAAUCCGUUUCCUCACCUACUUGUUCAUCAUCGUCUUCUGAUGAAACUUCUUGUUCCGGUGGAACUUCAUUAUCUCCUUCUUUUUCUUCAUUGUUAUUACAAGAUCCAGAUGAAGAUAGCAGUAGUGUUAGUGUUACCAUUGAUGAUGAUCAGAAGACUAGUAAGUUAUCUUGUUCAGAAAUUUCAGAGAUUUGAUCAUGUUUUGACUUCUUCCAUUGUAUCAUUCUUAUUAAUUUUAGUGUGUAUAUUCUCUUAUCAAUCUUUCCAUACUCUCUAGCUAUCUUUCUUUUUCUAACACAGUAGUACACGUGCGAAUGUACUGCACAUUUGUCUCUAACUCAGAUUAACACUUGCCAAUUCAGGCAUAAAGGUUGAGAAGAAGAAUGCGCAUGGUCUUAGAAACAGAGCAAAAUCAGA